AUGGCGACGCUGGCUUCUUCACUCCUCCUGCUGCUUGCUCUGUUGACGGCGCAGACGGUGGCCCAGGCUCCUGUAGACCCGCUCCGAAAUUUCUGCCGGAGGUAUGGCCAUCAGACUGCGGUGAUUGACCGCAAACUCUACAUUGACGGUGGCUGGCUCUAUGCCAAUCCCAUCUCGCAGAAUCCCAUACCCACAAUGAAUGAAGGCCUACUGUUCUGCGACCUGGACCAGACAUAUCAAGACAUGCCGCCGGAGUAUGCCAACCUGACAAAGAACUCGUCGGUCCCGGACGUGGCUGGAGGCACAUUGUGGCAAGAUGAGGUCAACAAGGUCUUCUGGUUGUACGGUGGCGAGUUCUCGGCGGCGCCGUCGGCGUUCCAGCUCUGGGGUUACGACGUGGUCUUGAACCAGUGGAAUCUGUCAUCGCCCCAUGUGGGAUCGACCGCAUCGAUACAGAGGGUGUCGUGGGGAGCCGGCGUGGCGAGCAGCGAGAUCGGCAUGGGUUUCUACUACGGCGGCUAUCUCAACAACCUGACCACUCCGCUGUGGACGGGACCGCCCCUGGCUACGAGCAACCUGAUCAUCUACGACAUGGACCAGAACAGCCUCACCAACAACACUGGCUACGACAACAUCGGCAGGGCCGAGGGCAUCAUGGUGUACAUCCCCGCCUCCAUGUCCGGUCUGCUUGUAUAUUUCGGAGGAGUCACGUUCCCUUAUGGCAACGAAACUGAGGUCCCGGUAACUGGCUCAGACGCUCAUUCAUGUUUCUUUCUCUCAACAGCCAAGUGGUAUACCCAGACAGCCACCGGUACCAUUCCGGAAAUGAGACGCAAAUUCUGUGGCGGCGCGACUUGGGCGGAUGACCAAUCUUCCUACAACAUUUACCUGUAUGGCGGUUUUGGGUUUGGAGAGAACACGACAGGCUUCGACGACGUCUACAUCUUGACAAUGCCGACUUUCGAAUGGAUCAAAUGGUAUCCCGACAGCCCAGGCCCAGGGUCACCGCACGGCAUGCUCACCUGCAAUGUGAUUGACCGCGGCCAGAUGAUAGUCAUGGGCGGCAACUUCACCAACACGACGGCGUGCGACGUGCCCGCCAUCCAGGGCCAGCAUAACCUGAAUUUGGGCCAGUACGACAGCACCAACGCCAAAUGGUACCCUUACCUGCCAAACCUGACGGAUUACUUUGUGCCCCCAGCGAUCCUGCAAGUUGCGGGUGGAACACCUGAAGGCGGAGCCAUUAAGAAAGCACCAGUGUCUGGCUGGGACGACGACCGCUUGUCAGUAUAUUUCAGCGAGAAAGCCGUCGUCGCCGCCCGUACGCCGACGCGUGCCCUUCCUGCAGCGACCACGACGCCUCCGGCCCCGAAACCAACGCCCUCACACCCGCCGGGCAACAAGACCGACACUGGCGCCAUCGUGGGCGGCGCCGUCGCAGGCACUGGCGGCCUGGUAUUGGUGAUCGCGCUGGCGUGGUGCUGCAUACGACGGCGUAAGAACAAGGUUAUCAACGAACAGAGUGACAAUAACCCCAACAACACCGCGGCGUCUACAGCGGCGACGACACCCAUCCCCGGCGCCGCGCAGCCGUUCAGUCCCACCUCUCCGCAACCGCACGGGUACGUGAUGAACGAGAAAUGCUCGACCACGGCGGUGGGCUCGCCGGGCUCGACGACCAGCCGCGUCGGAUCGCCGAGCGACCAACUGCACUCAUCGUCGCAGUACAGCACGCCGCCGCCCCUGCCUCCUCCCGCACCUGUGCCUCCCCAGCAACUCCCCAGCCACCCAGAAUAUCCGAACUACUACUACGCCGCGACAGCUCCGAUCCCCGCCCCCCAGCAGUAUUACCCCGUGGUCAUCCCGGGCCAGUCGCACCAGCAAUACCAUCCUCACCACCACCACCAGCACCAACACCAAGGGUACUCAUCAUCAUACCCUAUCCCCAUGCACGGCGUGCAAACAGCUCAGGGGAUGACCCCGAUACCUUUCUACCCGCCUCCGCCUCCGCCACCUUCAGAUCCAACUCGCACGCAGUCCCACGAGAUGCCCACCGUGCGCAGCCCGGAGAUUGUCCAGGUCCACCAGCCGAAGCCGCUGAGGCCUGAGGAAGGGUUGGAAUAG